UAGCCUGCACCGUUCUCUUCCCGCCAUUUUCAAUCCAUGCCGUUAUAAUCUGUAGCUGCAACUCUAAUGUGUAUCUUUAUCUUGGGCGUGGAUUACUACAAUUCGAAGAUAACAUUGCUUUUUUUUUUUUCCUAAAUUGAUCAUUUUUAUUGUUCAAUAUUUUGGUCACUGUUUCGAGGGUUUUCCAUCGGAUUUUAGGUAUUUCUGGUGAUUAGGGUUGAGUGGUUAAUUCAAGCGUAAAAUGAACAGAAUGAAGAUAGUGACCUACAACGUGAACGGCCUGAGACCUCGAAUCUCACAGUUCGGCUCUCUUCGCAAAUUGCUCGAUUCCUUUGAUGCCGACAUCAUCUGCUUUCAGGAAACGAAGUUGUCGAGGCAAGAGUUUAGAGCUGAUUUGGUGCAGGCUGAGGGUUACGAGUCCUUUUUCUCUUGCACUCGCACUACUGAGAAAGGCCGAACUGGAUAUUCUGGUGUGGCGACAUUUUGCCGUGUCAACUCUGUGUUUUCGAGUAAUGAGGUAUCUUUGCCAGUUUCUGCCGAGGAGGGCUUUACUGGUGUUCUUAAGGAUUUCUCAGUUUCGGGGUACAAAAAAGUUGAAUAUUCACCACUAAUCGAAGGGCUAGAAGAUUUUUCUGCUGACGAGCUUCUGAAAAUUGAUGGUGAAGGACGUUGUAUAAUAACUGACCAUGAACAUUUUGUUCUUUUCAAUAUAUAUGGACCUAGAGCUGUAGCUGAUGAUACAGAAAGAAUCCAAUUCAAGCAUAACUUUUUCAACAUACUGCAGAAAAGGUGGGAAUCUCUUCUACAUCAGGGACGGAGAAUAUUUGUUGUUGGGGACCUCAAUAUUUCCCCCUUUGCAAUAGAUUGUUGUGAUGCUGGGCCCGAUUUCGAGAAAAAUAAGUUUAAAUCUUGGUUUAGAUCUUUGUUGGUGGAUAAUGGAGGUGCAUUUUUUGAUGUUUUCCGGGAAAAACAUCCUCAGAGAAGAGAAGCCUACACCUGCUGGCCGACAAAUAGUGGGGCAGAGGAGUUCAACUUUGGGACACGUAUUGAUCACAUUCUUGGUGCUGGGCCAUGCUUACAUAAGGAAGAAACUCAAGGACAUAGCCUCGUAGCUUGCCAUGUUAAAGAGUGCGACAUAUUAGAUCAGUUCAAACGUUGGAAACCUGGUAGUACACCCAGGCAUAAAGAACAAAAGACAAGAAAUGGUAAAAUGGAGGGCUCGGAUCAUGCUCCUGUCUAUGUGAGCUUGGUAGAUAUCCCCAAUGCUCAACAACACAGUACUCCGUCACUGUCUACUAGAUAUUGUCCCCAGGUCUAUGGAUGUCAGCAGACACUAGUGUCGAUGUUUGCAAGAAGGCAAUCCGCAGAAGAUAGUAACUUAUCUGGAGGAUCCAAUUUUAUUUCAGAUGAUGGUAAUGUCGUCGAAAAAUGCAGUCAACUCAAUAAAAGAACUCUGCAUUCAUGUAGCUCAGCUUCAUCAGACUUCAUCCAUCAAGGCAUACUUUGCACAUCAGAUUACAGUAAUAAUGACUCAUUUAAUGAACCAUCUUCUGGUGCUCAAACCUUCUCAGCAUCUGGUCAUACUAAAUCCUCAGUGAUUUGCAAGAAAAAAGCAAGGAAGAGUCAAUCAUCUCAACUUUCACUAAAAUCAUUUUUCAAGAAAACAGUAGGUGGCUGUAGUGAGUCAACCAGCUUUUGUUCUAAUAAGGAGCUUACUCAAGAAGAUUUCUCCAUUGGUGAACCGAGUGAAACUUUUCUUGAAGGUUGUGAACAUAAUGAAGUGAAGGAAUUGCAGGAAAAAGCCACAAAACAAUGUGGAUUAGUGCAAGAUGAUAUGUCCCAAGCUGCUGAAAAGAAGAAUAAUAAUGCUCUAGUUGAAUGGCAAAGGAUUCAACAACUUAUGCAAACUAGCAUACCUCUUUGCAAGGGCCACAAGGAACCUUGUGUCUCCCGUGUGGUGAAGAAACCAGGGCCUACUUUAGGGCAACGAUUUUAUGCCUGCGCACGUGCAGAGGGACCUGCAUCUAAUCCAGAAGCAAACUGUGGAUUCUUUAAAUGGGCUACUGCAAAGUCUAAGAAGAAAAGAUGAUUUUGAUGCAACGAACCGUGAAGGUUUUGAUCAAUAUUAAGAUUCCGCUAUGUGCGACUUCUUAAACUCCCUCUGUUGUCUAAGAAGUAACACAACGCAGUCGUGCUCUAUUUUGACCGAUUGGA